AUGUUUACUCCAUAUGUGCUGUAUCUGCAACCAGAAACCACUUUGCUAAUUUUCUCUCUUGUGGGUUACAUAGAAUUUUUCCAGAGCAAAAUUGAAGGCAUACAUCGUGCCAUCAAAGAAGGCGAUCUCGAGAAGGUAAAAGCGCUGAUGACAACGAAGAAGCUUGCAAUAGCUCGCGAUCGUUUUGGUUGCACUCCACUCCAUGCAGCUGUGGUGCACGAACACACCGAAAUUGUCCGCUACAUCGCCGGUCAUUUCCCUUCUGUUCUGAAUGCGCCAGAUUAUAAUAAGCGCACAUCCAUGCAUUAUGCAGCUGCGGCAAGAGAUGGUGGUCACUACUUGAAGAUUUUGGGCAAAGCUGGAGCAGAUCCGAUGGCAGUGGAUAAUGAAGGUCGCACUCCUGACUAUUAUCGAAGAAAUGCAGUCAUCGAUCUCAAAAUGAUAAAAGAAAGGGAUGAAGAUUACGAUGUUGUAAGUGAAGAGAUGCUCGAUGGAGAAGCACCGAUGUUGGAUAGCCCUGGCAGUGCUGAUAGUGGAUCGGAGAGUUCUGUUAUUGAUUCGGCUCGUCCCCAAGAAGAAGACGAUGAAAUGGACCGCCAUCGUUUCGAGAAGAUGUUGCACGGACGCACCGAUUUACCCACUUCGGAAAAUGGAAUUUAUCUAGCGAGAACAGUGGCUCCAGUGCUUACAAAAGCACUUGCCGAGGUGUUAUUGCGUCGUCCUGCUGACCCGAUCGGCUUCAUUUCGGAUUAUCUGCAGAAAUAUCACAGCGAGCUCCCUCAUCGCUCAAAUGGGAAGCUUCUAUAA